AUGUCACAGAAACAAUCCUCGCUCCUGGUACUCUGCCUGCUCUGUGUGGCCGCCAGCCUGGCCACCAAGGUUCAUAAGCUGCACUUCACUAUCAAGACCAAUGCCCACCUUGCGGAGCUGCAGUCGGAGAGCAGGGAGCUGGCCGCCAUCCAUGCGGACGUCUCCUCCACUUGCUUCAAUAUUUACAGGCCCAUCCUGGACAGCGUAACCACGGAAUACGAGACAAGCUACGGGGAAUGCGUCUCCGCCUACGACAAGUCCUCGGACGUGAUCAAGUCCAAGUACGAUUCCGUGCGCAAUGACAUAAUAGUGACCACCCACAAUGCGUGCUACGAGGCGUGUUGCAAGGUCUGGCAGCCGGAAGCUGAGAACGAUCUGGAAACUCUGAUCAAGCGCGUACAGUGCGCCGCCGAUGUCUCCACCGAGAACUCCAAGAUCAUGUACAACGUCUCCUCAAAUGCCACGGAGAAUGCCGUCAAAAUCAAGGAGGAGUACCGCGUCGUGGACACCCAGCGAAAUAUCUGCGUGAACAAUGCGGAGCGCAACUACGUCCAGGACACGACCACCACCUACGAGCAGCUGAACGCCUGCCUCAAGGGCAACCAGCCCGAUUCCGUUCCCACACCACCGGAAGCUCCGUCAGACGACAUCCCAGUCGACAUCCCUAACCCCCCCAAUGCAAAUGAUGAUAACCCUUAG